AUGUUGUUUGUGGAUUCGGAUGCGGGUACGGAGAGUAGUUCCAGUCUCGCCGAUGUAUUUCCUUCUCUUAUGUACGGACAUGUUCCACAGCGACGGUCAGGGCAUUUGCUGACUGAGUGGCUGGUGCAGCGUGUUUCCGGGCAAGAGAACGGUACUGAAUUCAGUGUAGGUCUGCAUGAAAUCCUUUACAGAGCCACAGACUCAUUCGGAAGUGACCAUUGUUUGGUAUUGUUUGCAGUAAGAAGUCGCUGUAGUGAUCUCCCUUCUCCAGACAAUGGUUAUUUCGAAUGUACAAACGAUUAUGGAGAAGGUUCAGUGUGCAUUUUGAAAUGUUUGAACGAAUUUAGACCAAAUGUUUUGCAGCCAGUUUCCUGUGAAAAAACGUUGAACUGGUCUCAAUCCGUGAUUAACGAGAAAUGCUAUGAUGUUUGUCGACCCUUCAUUAGAAAAUACCCUAGUAAAAUAAUUGCAAUUAUAAAUUCAAACUCUUCUCGGAUGAACGUCAGUUGGGAUUUACCCUCAGCAACAGAUAACGAUGGAAUUGCGUUUAUAAAUUGCUCUACAGGGCAGCAGUCCAGUGGAUUGUUACCGCUUGGUAUAUCAACCGUACACUGCGAAGUGUCAGAUAGAUCAGAAAAUAAGGAACACUAUCUACUUGAUGUUAGUGUUAAACAAUGGACAUGCCAGGAAAUAUUAAAGAAAAAUAUUUGCAAUUCAUCUAUAACAAAUUGUUUUGAUGUUUACCGUUGGCAAUUAUGCUUAGUGACAAACUGUGAAGAUGGAGAAGUAGCUAAGAUUCUGUGUCCUUCGCAGAACGUAUCAAGUGAUAUGUGGAACGUACAGGAAACACAAAGAUUUUCAUGCUCAGGAUUUUUGGUAAAACUUAAAAGCAGUAGCAGUUCAAUUUUGAUCGGAGGUAGAAGUAAACCGCAUACAGCCGUUGUUCUGUUGUUUUGUUUUCGAGUAAUGGAGAUCAAUGGAGAAGACGUUCUAUUAAUCAAGCAGGAGACGAAUUCCGUAAACAAAGUUCUAAUUAUAUCUUUAUCUCAACAUGAUCUGCAGUACGACUUACACAUUACAUACCAAAACAAGACGUUGCAUAUCAAAGGCAAUGCUGUUGAAGAAUGGAACACUUUAAGAGUGUUUAUCAGCGUCAGUGGGGAUACCUGGACCCUUAACAUGAAUCAGACCAUCGGAAACACAUUUCGCAGUUACGAAAUGCAAGGGAAUUCCUUAUUUACUGACGAAUAUUAUGCUGUGUUUGGACGUUCUCAUUCCGUCGAAUUUCCCUCAGAUCAGAAAGGGUUAGAAAUUUGCGUUUUCCUUAUAAAAGACGCGAUUUCGGGAAAUAUUUUAAAAUCUAUGUGGCCAGAGGGAGUUUAUUUUAUAGAUAUCGAGUUUUCCACGCCCACUUAUAUUCAGUUGCUGAUAAGUGAUGACAACAACACAUGUAGAGCCUCAAAGGAAUGUUCAUCAUCAGAUUGUAAUUGUUCAUCAGGCUUCAGUGGAGACCAGUGUGAGAUACCACCCAAUGUUUGUGUACCAGGCCUUUGUAAAAACCAGGGACAUUGCAACGAUACUGGAAACAAUUCGUUCGAAUGUUAUUGCAGAAAGGGGUUUGAAGGUCUCUAUUGUGAGAAAGAAACCAAGGAAGUUUGUCAAGAGUUCCAACGUCAAGAAGACAUUGUUAUCACUUGCAACGAGGAAUUUGCAAAUGAAAUUUGCACAGUCACAUGCAAAUCUGGUCGAGUCCGAGUUGACAAAUAUCGCCAAUAUUCAACCUACAUGUGUGGGAUGUCAACAAGUCAUAAAUGGGUGGUGCUUAAAACUAAGAAUCCAUUGAAAGAUGACGAGGCUCCAAUUUGUGCGCGAACAGAUCUGAUUUUGCCGAAAUUAUUGAGAGCAAACAUAACGAUUAACUAUAAAAAUAUAAAAUGUGGCCAAAUUAAGGAGACUGUGUGUGAGAAUUGGUGCAACAUUGAAAUCGGCAUCCAAAACUGUCAGAACCAGAAUAACACUGCCCUCAGAUCUUACUCCGUUCAAUUCAAUCUAAAAAGAGACAUGGAUGUAAAUGAGGAUGUGAAUCUUCGAAUUGAGGAAUUUUAUCAGACAGGAAAAGUCUCCAGUGCACUAUUUAAUUUAGUUCGUGGUUACUAUGCAAUGGAAGCAAAGCUAUUGGAAUUAAGAAGAAUUGUGGCAAUCACCCUGGAUCCAGGCGGUAGUAAAAAGAGAUCUUAUACAACAAAGCAAAAUAUUGUCGAAGUUUCCGGAAUCGUUGUAAUUGUAACAGCUGAAACCAUCUGCGAGGAGGGAAGUUUCAACUAUUUCGGUAGUUGUGUUUAUUGUCCAUCGGGUACCUACCAGACUGGUGAUGGAUGUCAGAUGUGUGGACCAGGCUAUUAUCAAAAAUUUGUUGGUCAGACAAAUUGUGAACUUUGCCCUCAGGGACAUAUUUCACCUGUCGGAAGCAAUACCAUUCGGAAAUGUUACGUUCCCGAUGCCAAAACCAAGGAGGAGGAAAGAGGUCUCUCAGCGGAAGCCAUUGCUUCAAUUGCUUCUGCAGUUAUCGCAUUCUUUGGUCUCGUGGUACCGACGUUGAUAAAAUUCCUUAGAAGAGGAAAUGAUAGUUAUACCGUGGAAGUUAACUUAAAAGAGUGCAAAGCACAUCAAGCUGAUGGAUCCUAUUCACCACUCGAAAAAGAAAACGAAAAAACAACAGAAAAACAGUUGUAA